UCUGACACUACACAGGAGCGUGGAGAAAGACUUCUUCAGUCUCCCUAAUCCCUAUCCGCAGGCCGCUUAACCCCCCGCGCGGAUCGCGGAGCUGGUUACCUCUUCUCCGGCGGCCGCCGCGUCGCAAGAUUUUCCAGUAUGAAGGGCGCAAAGCUCCUAGUCUUGCUGGUGGCGUCAUCUCUGUGCAUCUACGCUGCGAUCGCUGCGCAGGGGACCUGCCCAGCCGACGUCGACGCCAAGAGCGGCGAUGGUGCUGAUGAUGAUUGGGAGGGCGAGUUCUUCCCUGGCAUUUCCAAAAUCAAGUAUGAGGGUCCAACCAGCAAGAAGCCGCUUGCUUACAAGUGGUACAACGCGGAGGAAGUGAUUCUCGGCAAGAAAAUGAAAGAUUGGCUGCGGUUCAGCGUGGCGUUUUGGCACACUUUCCGUGGUACUGGAGGAGAUCCUUUUGGUGCCGCUACAAAGGCUUGGCCUUGGGAGGAUGGCACCAAUUCCUUGGCCAUGGCCAAGAAGAGAAUGAAAGCUCACUUCGAGUUCAUGGAGAAGCUUGGAGUUGACAGGUGGUGCUUCCAUGAUAGGGACAUCGCGCCUGAUGGCAAAACGCUCGCGGAAACAAAUGCUAACUUAGAUGAGAUAGUUGAGCUGGCAAAACAACUCCAGGAUGAGACCAAUAUAAAGCCACUGUGGGGGACUGCACAGCUAUUCAUGCAUCCGCGUUACAUGCAUGGAGCUGCUACUAGCCCAGAGGUCAAAGUGUAUGCUUAUGCUGCUGCUCAAGUGAAGAAAGCUUUGGAGGUUACUCACUACCUGGGUGGUGAAAACUAUGUAUUCUGGGGUGGAAGAGAGGGUUACCAGACUCUUCUCAAUACAGAUAUGAAGAGAGAACUUGAACAUUUGGCUAACUUUCUUCAAGCUGCUGUUGACCACAAGAAGAAGAUCGGCUUUAAUGGAAUAUUGUUGAUUGAGCCUAAACCACAAGAACCAACAAAGCAUCAGUAUGACUGGGAUGUUGCAACUACAUUCUCUUUCCUACAGAAGUAUGGUCUGACAGGAGAAUUCAAGAUAAAUGUUGAGUGCAACCAUGCUACUCUGUCUGGGCACAGCUGUCAUCAUGAGCUUGAGACUGCACGCAUUAACGACCUUCUUGGUAACAUUGAUGCAAACACUGGUGAUCCACAAGUUGGUUGGGACACAGAUGAGUUUCUUACAGAUAUUUCAGAGGCUACUUUGGUUAUGUCAAGUGUAGUUAAGAAUGGUGGACUUGCACCUGGUGGCUUCAACUUCGACGCGAAACUGCGGAGGGAGAGUACUGAUGUUGAGGACAUGUUUAUUGCUCAUAUCUCAGGGAUGGACACAAUGGCCCGUGGCCUUCGCAAUGUUGCCAAGCUGAUUGAGGAUGGUUCCUUGGAUGAGCUUGUCCGUAAGCGCUACCAGAGCUUCGAUAGUGAGAUUGGCGCCAUGAUUGAGGCUGGGAAAGGAGACUUUGAAACACUAGAAAAGAAGGUCUUGGAGUGGGGUGAACCAACUGUUCCAUCAGGCAAACAGGAGUUGGCUGAGAUGCUGUUCCAAUCCGCUCUGUAGAUAACGGUCCACAAUUCUAGGAAUAAGCAAGAGGGCAUCCUUGGAAUGCCAAGUUGGCCUUGUCACUGUGGGCAAUGUUCAUGCAGUGUACCCUGUAAAGAACUGUGUGGAACUGAAAAUAAUGUAACCUUAUGUCAGAAUCAAACUCGUUGGUCAACACGGAAUUGAAACGAACUCAUUCCAGUUU